AUGAUGCAUGCGAUAGUGACAGAAACGAAUACAAAAGGUCAUGGGGGCGAGGUUAAAUCAGGAAAGCGGUAUUUACCCACAGAUACUGAGGACUCGAUGAGGCACUUGACAGGAAACUCAAUCAUCAGUUUGGACACCUGGGCGCUCUACGGACUGUCGAGCCUCUCCACGCUGAACGAAACUCCAGCAUGCUUCCCAAAGUGCUUUGUUAACCGUCUGCCUCUCGUGGUGUUGGCUCGUCUCAUUCUGUCGUUCAACCUGUCCCUAGGAGUGCUCGUUCUGUUACAGGAUCUCAGCCGCCAGGGCCUGUCGAAUAUCUCCCAGCACGCCUUCAUGGGCCUACGCACCCUGCUCAGCCUAAACUUAUCUCACAAUGAGAUUCAGAACCUCGCAGACGGCACUUUCAGCGGCUUGUCCAGUCUUCUUUCACUCGACGUGCGAAGUAACCGAGUUGCAGUGAUGGGCUCUCGCGUGUUUUCUAGCCUUGGGAAACUCGACCAUCUAUGGACGGACGAAUUCCGGUUCUGCUGCCUGGCCCGCGGCGUUGGGCAGUGUCACCCUCCGCCCGACGAGUUCAGUUCCUGCGAGGACCUCAUGAGCAACAUCAUGCUGCGAGUGAGCGUGUGGGUCCUCGGAACUCUCGCGCUCUCUGGCAACUUCAUCGUCAUCGUCUGGAGGAUCUACGAAAGUGACAAUAAGGUUCACUCGUUCCUAAUCACCAAUCUUGCCCUGGGCGACCUCUGCAUGGGAUUCUACCUAAUCAUUAUAGCUGCCGUGGAUGUUAAUUACCGCGGUGUUUACUUCAUAUACGAUGCAAUCUGGAGGAGCUCUUCUCUGUGUCAGCUGGCCGGAUUCUUCUCCACCUUUUCCAGCGAGUUGUCGGUGUUCACGCUCACAGUCAUCACCCUCGAGAGAUUUUCGGUCAUCAUCUUCCCGUUCCGGACCACGAGGCUCAACAUGCAGUGGACCAAGAUCAUAAUGGGCGUUGUGUGGGCCUGUGUGGGCGUCCUAGCGGCUCUUCCAUUGGCUGAUAUUCAUUAUUUCAGGAAUUUUUACGGUCGGUCCGGUGUCUGCCUCGCCCUUCACAUCACCCACGAGAAACCAAGUGGCUGGGAGUACUCUGUCUUCGUGUUCUUGGUCCUGAACUUCCUGUCGUUCUCCGUGAUCGCCGCCUCCUACUGGGGCAUGUACCGAGCGGCCCGCACCUCCAGCGCCGCCGUCAGGAACGACCACCAGCGCAGGGAGUCGAACAUGGCCAAGAGGAUGACGGCCAUCGUGGUGACGGACGCUGCGUGCUGGAUGCCGAUCAUUCUCCUGGGCAUCGUGUCUCUCGCCGGCGUCAGGAUACCGCCGCAGGUCUUCGCCUGGGUCGCGGUCUUCGUGCUCCCCCUCAACGCCGCCGUCAACCCCCUGCUGUACACCCUGUCGACGGCGCCCUUCCUCGGCAAGGCGCGCGAGCGGGUGCUCGACGUCCGCCACUCCUUCAAGAGGUCUGUGGUGAGGCGCACGCUCUCCACCAGCACCGGGGAAUCAGCUGGGGCGGAGGCGACCGCAGUAAUUCGACCGCUCGACGUGGCCGCUCUGACUACGGUCAUUUCUCCGUUCCACCGGGCUUUCCUGCACCCACAUGACAACGUACACACUGUCCUCAGCCACGUCCAUGGCAACAAAAGCGCCCACAAACGAGACACCUACUUACCCUGCAGCCACGCCUUCAGUGCGCGCAGAAGGCACUCUCUUCACGGGCUCGACUGCGUACAUACGGUGAGAGAGAUGGACAAGAUGCGAGUGCCACCUGAGGGGGAGAUCAUUACCCUUAGGGACCUCACACUCCAGACGUCGCCUCCUCUCGCGCGACAGGUCUCCAGCCGGAGUUCGCGGAAGAAAAGCAGCAAGCACCUGCAAGAUCUGUAUGACUGA